GAGACAGAGAUGAUCAGAAAAGUCAUCAGACACAGCCCGCCGCCGGCAUGCGCCCCUUCUCCUUCGCGCUGGUGACAAGUCCAGCUCGGUAACGAUACCCACAGUAUACCCCUCAUCUUGCCUCCUUCUUGCUUCCGCAGUAACUUCUUGACCUGACGUCCUUGACGAUGAGUUCCUCGCACCAGUACGAUGUGGCGGAAAUACCGCCUCCGCGACACCGGUCGAAGAGAACAAACCGUAUUUUGGGGGAUUACACCCUCAGCAAGACACUUGGCGCAGGGUCGAUGGGAAAGGUCAAGCUGGCGACGCACAAUGUUACCGGGGAACUUUACGCCGUCAAAAUUUUGCCCCGGGCUCGAAACUCCUCCCCCCAAACUCCCAAAGAAGCCAGCAAGGACGCAAGCAGGGAAGUGCGCACACUACGGGAAGCAGGCCUUUCACUCCUGCUGCACCACCCGCACGUCUGCGCCAUGUACGAGCUCAUCGUCCACCCAAACCACUACUACAUGGUCUUCGAGUAUGUCAACGGCGGCCAGCUCCUCGACUUCAUCAUAUCCCACGGUCGGCUGCGAGAAUCCAUUGCCCGGAAAUUCGCGCGUCAAAUAGCCUCAGCGCUUGCGUACUGCCAUGCAAACAACGUUGUGCAUCGGGACCUCAAGAUCGAGAACAUCUUGAUUGACCACCGGGGCGACAUUAAGAUUAUCGACUUUGGGUUGUCGAAUCUGUACGACCCUGCCUCACAUCUAUCUACAUUCUGCGGCAGUCUAUAUUUUGCGGCUCCGGAGCUGUUGAACGCGAAGCUCUAUACGGGUCCGGAGGUGGACAUCUGGUCGUUCGGGGUCGUACUCUACACCUUGGUGUGCGGCAAGGUGCCGUUCGAGGAUGAGAGUAUGCCUGCGCUACAUGCCAAGAUUAAGCGAGGGUUGGCCGAAUAUCCAGUGUGGCUUAGUCCAGAAUGCAAGCACCUGCUGUCUCGCAUGCUCGUCACCGUUCCUGCAAAACGAGCUCUUCUCACUGAGAUCAUGUCGCACCCCUGGUUCCUCCGAGCACCAUACUCUGCGCCGCCCGAAACGCAUCUCCCAACGCGGGUGCCACUCCGUGCCGAAGACAUUGACCCUGAGGUCGUUGCUCGGAUGGCUGGAUUCGAGUUCGGGAGAGAUGUCGAGGAAGUCGUCGAAAAGCUACGUGAUGUUCUCGAGAGCGACGCAUACGCCGCUGCUGUGAAAUUCUACAACGAACGGAAGGAGAAGGAGGCCCUCAAAGCACUGGAGCCGGCGGCCGAAGACACAGAGCCGCCUGCGUCGCCCACUGACGCGAAGCGCCGGAGGUUCAGCGGAUUCGACUUCUAUCGCCGACUGUUCGCCCCUUCGGCCUCAAGUUCAACAACAGCUUCGGGCUCGACAGCCACCCCGCAGCCUUGUCCGCCCGAUCCGACGAUGGGUUUCCAUCCCUUGAUCAGCAUCUACUUCCUCGCGCAAGAGAAGAUCGCUCGGGAAUCCAGCCGCGCGGAGCAAAUCAUCCAUCAUGAAGUUUUCGAGGCUCCUAAGGUCGAAAAGCAAGAGAUCAGCCGCCGUGUGGCUGACCCGCCAGCGCCACCUGAAGAGCCCUUGCAAGUGGUCGAACCUGAAAUCGUGCCGGUCGCUCGGCCCGAAGCUCCGGUUCGCACCGAUUCGGCCGUCUGGCUGACUUCCAGUCCGGCAGCGGUUGAAGCCGCAGAGCCCGCAUCGGAAGCAUCUGCUAUGGAUGGGCAUGAUCACAGCGUCGCUCAGACUCCAGAGCCAGUUCUCGAGACAAACGCUGCUGCUCCUGUUCCUGCUCCUGCAUUGUCUGAACCUGCGCCGCACGAGCCUGUGAUACAACAGCCUGAAUCUGCUCCGGCGCAGCCUAAAUCUGAGCCGGAACAGCCUGUGCCUGAACAUAUGUCGGGACAGGUUGAGCCAGAACAGACUCAGCCUACACAAGAGCAAACAGCGCCCGCCCACGAAAAAGAAUCGACCGAUACAACCGUUCAAGCCUCGCUGCCGGCGGAGAAGCACGAGAAGCCUUCGUCAGAGAAAGAGAAGGGAGGCCUAUUGCGUCGGUUUGGAAGCAUCUUUUUGGGCUCGGUCCGGCACGACGAGGUGUAUUCCGACGACAAGGAGCAGGAGCAGCCCGUCAGCCCGACCGCUACCCGGAGGAGGAGGAGAAAAGAGUCGAAGAGGACCAGUGUUCUUUUUACCGGCACGUCUAUCGUUCCCAAGCCGGUCGAGAACGCGCCAGCGGUCACCACUCCCGCUACUGAAUUCCCUCCCGAGCCUGCAUUCCCCGUUCAAGCCGAGAACGACAAGGAGAACAGCAGCGGGCCCCAGACAUCUGGAAGCGUCCGGCGACGCGCCACAACGAUUCUCGACCGCCGCACGAGCCACGAACGCCGGCGGAGCACCGCGUUUGGGGAGGGCAGCACCUUGCGCGAUAGUGCUCUUGGCGGAAUCGCGACCGUCGGGAGGAAUCGUCGGAGCUCGGUCAUUGGAUACGAGAGUGCUACGAUGCCCAAGAAGCGACAGGUUCCGGGGACCGUGCCGGAAGCCGGAUGGGAGGAGGAGCAGGCCGACCUGGAUGGGCAAAGAGACGAAACCGUGGAGAGGGAAGCCAAGCCCGUGUACUUGAAAGGGCUGUUCAGCGUGUCAACCACAUCGACGAAACCGGCUCCGGUGAUCAAGGCAGACAUCCGGCGCGUGCUGGAUGGCAUGCAAGUUCGAUACUGGCAAAGCAAGACCGGUUUCGAGUGCAUAUCUCUUCCCAGCGCCCCAUCCACUCUCAACUCGCCCACUACUCAAGCGUCGGACUCGCAACAGCAGCACGAAUUCCCGUCUUCGGGCGAUCAAAGUCCCGCGCCAACACAAUCGCGUCGUGGACUGUCCAAGCGGGUGUCCAAGCUCUCAUUCAGUGUGCGACGGGUCAAGAGCCAAGACCGCGACUUUCCCUCUCUCAAACGACGCAACGUCCCUCGGCCGCUGAGCACCAUUCUCUAUCCAUCCAACGACCAUCAAUCUCUGGUCAUCCCCGACGAGCUUGGCGGGCGUGCGUCCCUAGCCACGAAUGCCACAACGGAUGGCCAGGUGCCAUCUUCGGCUUUCUCUUUCGAGUCCCAUCUGCGAGCUAUACCAUCUGAUUUCGUGCCGGGACCCGUCAGCCCAACCACACUGGGCUCGACUGGAGAAAUCAAUCGGGAGGUACUCGAGUCGAUGGCUGCGCACGACUCUGCCAGCGUCCGCUUCGAGAUCAAUGUAGUCAAGGUGCCCCUGAUUCCUCUCCACGGGAUCCAGUUCAGACGAGCUGGCGGUGAUGGCUGGCAGUAUCAAAUGCUCGCCCGCCGCGUUUUGACUGAACUCAAGCUCUGAAUGGUGUGCUGUUCUCCUUCAUCUGUCGUCGCAAUAUAUCGCAGCAGCUUCCAUCUUUCCGCAUCUUAUUAUUCGCAUAAGUCCUCGUUGCACAUCUCCCAACUGUACUUGUAAUUUCACGCUGGUCUACUACGUACGUAGAAUGAUGAUAAUGUCUACUGCUUAAUCCACAUCCAAGUCUUCGCCGUCGACGACACGCUCGCCAUCCUCCGUGAAGGACACGUUGUUCUGCGCGAAUUGUAGCUUUCCUGCACGGGCUACAAGAUGGCCUGCUUACAGGAUGAGAUCCGGACUUGCCCACAUACUUGGUGUGAUCUGUGACGGAAUCAGCGCCAAGUCGUCGUCGUCGCUCGCCAGACACGAGCCAAGAAUCUUACAUCCAUAAGCGAGCAGCACGCCUUCUGGAUUUGUAAACUCCACCCGGGUGUAGGCCAGUUGCUUGCCCUGGGGGUGGUCGACUGGAUUGCCUACGAACUACACCGCAAAGCAGCCUGCUUACCAUCGCGAUCAGCUGUGCUUUGGCGUGCAGGACGUCUCCGGGGCGCCCAGCCGGCCGGCAGAACGAAGAUCCGAUGUCGGUCGAGACGCCCGUCUAGCAGAAGACGCAGGGAUGAAUGCAAGCCCGCGCUUCGACGUCCGGCGUACCAUGAAAUGGCCUUUGCUAGCGACGGCCAGCGAGCCCAGAGUGUCGGUCAGCGAGAGGAUCAGCCCCCCGUGCACUGGGUGCGUGGAAUCAGCCACGCUGCAGCCCUGCGAUCCACACAGAAAAACAACCUGUCUUGGGGCAUCAAACGAAGAAACUCAGUAUGGCACCGAGCAGGUCAUAUGAUUUCGCACAGUUGUAUGGCUCCACUUUCAAAGACGCGUUCACCAGCCCCGGAGUAGCAUUCAGAAUCUGAAGCUGCGUUCCACCAGUCAGAUAGAUGCAUCGGCGGGAAAAAGAACAAUUCACGUUCGGGAAACACUGCGUAUCGUGCCCUUGACGCAUGUAAGUCCUACUGUCAGUCAAUCCUCGGAACGCGUGCCUUUAUUGUCCAGGAAGGACUUCCAGACCUGCACCAGACACGAGUCAGCGGAAGAAUCAAGUGCGCGCAAAUACCGCACACGUCGAGUAUAUCUCAAACACGCUGCCAUGGGUGGAGAAGACCGGCGAUGGCGCACCGCCACACGAUGCAUCGUGCUCAACACCCUAAAGCUCUAUAAGGAAAUAGCGUACGAGAAUCAGUCUACAUCUGUUCUACCGGCUCUAUAAGCGCGCUGCCAGAAACCAUCUACACCCGGGGCAUCCAGCCAUGCCUCCGCCGUUCUAUUGGUGUCCGAAGCUUGGACCACCAGCCGGGAAUCACGAUCCGAUAUCAGCGACAGCGUUUUCCAGAUCGAGCUGUCUUCCACACAACCUGGCUGAUUCGAGCGUCGCGGCCAGUGCGACGGAAAGAUCGACACAACAAGCAUCUUCAGCGCGGGGCGCUCGACGAGGAUAGCGGCCACCUCCUCCGCAAACACCGCAUCAUUCUCUUCGUUCGCAUCUGCCCGCCGGGCGAGCGCAAAGUGCGUGAUGCGCGGCGGCCAUCCAAAAUGGGACAUGAUCGACAGCGGCGACGCCCAGACCUCCCCAGGCUCGGCUGUGCGCACAUGCGUCACGCUCUGUGCAAACGCCGUCCCAGCGUGCGUCCAGGCCACAGGAUCGUACCGUCGGAUGCAGCAUUCGGUAAUACAGCUCGGCAUCCCAGACUGCGCCAGUGCCCCCGGUCGCGUAACAAAGACCGCCCGCAGCCCGCAGCACGAGGUCAAGAUCUGCGCGAGCUGCAUCCGAAGUGUUGGCGUGAGGCAGGACUGGGGGACGGUGACCACUAGCGCUUUGACGUGGCUUUCCAGAAACUCGCGCGACUUGGUCCGCGUCGUCGCGUGGAAGCGCUGCAGCUGCUCGGCGGUAUCGAGCCGGACCCGGCGGUACAGCAAGAAGGACACAAGCGCAUUGAACGCCUGCGACACCGCGGCCAGAGUGUUGAAAUGGGUCUCGAGCAGGCUGAGCUCUACAAUCUCUAGACUGAGCUCGGUGGGAAGGUCGAGCAGGGGGGCGGGUUUGCCCCUUGCAGCAGCCACUAGUGCUACGGAGAGGGCACGGGAUCUAUGCGGGAGGGGCAUGGUGGAAGGAAGAAAGGUUGGGGGGGCCAAACAACGCGUGCCUUAUCAUAUAUAACUGGUAAAAACUUA